AUGGAUACGCAACCUGCGGACGCAUUGCAGCCGCCUAAACUGGAGCAUGCAAAUGGAACUGGGCAUGGUCAGCCUCUGGUAUACCGAUUUGUCAGACAGUCUGGCCGCAAGGUGGACAAAUCGGCUCACAGUGCCAUUCGAUCGCACGCCAUGAAAGGGUUCCGCAGCACGCAGCGGCGCCAGAAGCAAUUAGAUCUGGUACGGAGGGGCCGUCAACCAGCUACAGAGGAGAAUCUCAGCAUAUGCCGAUGCUCGCCUCCCGCCCAGCAAUCUCCAGCUCCACAAGAGUAUGGCUCACGGAGACAAAGGCUUGACACAUCGUCGAUCAGCUCUACGUCUGCCUCCGAACGUUGCAAUCGCUGUGGCAAGGCGCAGUCAUUGAAGAUGAGCCCAUCGGAGGAAACAAACGACUUGCAGCAAUCAUCCUACCCUGUGGUUACGUUUGCAGCGGCCGACUUUGACCCCUUCAACUCAAUCACCGAGCUACCCCAGUCCCUGACUUCAAAAUUCUCGAGCGAGAUCAAUGCCAUUAAGAUCCACGCCGUCACCUUUUGCUUCCCUGGCCCAAUUAAGACAGACGUAUUCCCCGAAGCUUUGCGAACACCUGCAUUGCUGGCGAGCAUGCUGUACAUGGCGUACUCGUACCUCCGUUCAGUAAGGGGAUGGAGCAGUCCCGAGCUCGCACUGGGCCUGAAAGUAGCUGCGAUGUCACAAAUCAACGCGAAGAUGUCUCACCCGAGCACCGCAACUUGCACCAAUGUGAUUGCCUCGAUUGCCUAUCUGUCGACUGGUACCUGGGUUUUUGGCAACCCGAUCGAAGAGGUGGACACUCAUCUGAGGGGAAUGGAAUUAAUGGUCAAACAAAGAGGCAUGGAAAGCCUCGGCGUUUUCCAAUUUGGCCGCACGGUCCGCAAGUAUCUGUUUGUGCAGAAUCUUCUCCUAGCAGCAAUUCAGGCACAGCCUGCCGCAUCCACUUUCGAUCUCGAUUACGGACAGUCGUCGAAUGCUGAGUCGACGGUCCGGUUGAAGCAUGAGUCACCACUAUACGGUCGGCAGGGUACAUUUGCUGAACUUUUCCAAUCGAAGCGACUUGGACGGGACACAAUGUACAUCCUGUUCCAUGCCAAGGCUCUCAUUGACCUGGUAAUUGGCUUUGACGAAGGUGCAAUCGAAGAAGCAGAGUUCGCCGUCACGCUGCAUCAUAUUAAAACCGCGCUGGAGCGUUACAAAUCGACCGACGAUCUUCAAACCACCUCUGAGGGCAAAUGGGUGUUUAAAUGCUGCCACCUUACCGUGAUGCUCAUCCUCAAUGCCAUCGAGACAGCCCAACCCCUCAUAUCGAGCGAUCCGGCGCUCACUCUAGGGUUAGUGGGGGCUCUAGGAAAGACCGAUUUUGGCGACAACUGGGGAGAACUGUCAGGUAUACUCUACUGGGUAACAAUGGUUGGAUCCGCAUCCAGCCAGGGAAGGCCAGGCCACCGACUCUUAGACUCGACUCUGAACCGCAUCAUGGGCGAGGUCGUUUUUACGGCGGCCGAUUUUGGUGCCGCUGUGGAGCCGAUACGACAAUUCUCGCGUUUGCAAAGCGCUAUACGGAGACGGUCUCAAGCCCUUUGA